CAACGGUCGGCAAGAUCCAAACCGGUUCAAAUCCCCAAGCCACCGUCUCUUCCCAUCUCCCCAUCAUCCCACCCCCCCGAAUCGACACCCGCCGCCGCUCCGAACCAUCAAAUCAACCCCCUCGCCGCCAUGGAUUUGCCCAAGCGAGUUCUUCCGCAUGGUUCCCCGCGAGGAAGUCCCAUGGCGACGAGGCGAAGGGACGCGGAGGCGGACGAGAACGUGAGGGCGUGGAGCGAGAAUCCGGGGCGUCUCGGUGCCGUGGCGGAGUGGACCGCGUCUCUGGAGAGGAAGAAGGUGCUGGGUGAGAGGAACGGCGGAGGCGACGGGAGCGGGGAGGCCGCGUCGCCGCCGCAGUUCUUCUCCCAGGCGAAGCCCGCGACGAGCCCGCCGUCGCUCUCCUGCCGCGGCGAGGGGCCGUACGACCCGAAGACGAACUACACCACGCCGCGGCCGGAGUUCCUGCGCUACAACCCCGAGAAGCGCCGCGAGAUCCUCCUCCGGCUGGAGCGCGAGGCGGAGGACGAGUCGUCCAGUGCCACCUCGGCCACCCCCACCCCCACCCCCUCGGAGUGCGUGUCCUCCGGGUCGUCGGUGAGAGGCGGCGAAGCCGAACUCGACCGCGCCGACGCCAAGGAGGAGGAGAUUGAGAUUCCGUCUCCUCGUGGUCUCGACCGCGCCGACGCCGAGGAGGAGGAGAUUGAGAUUCCGUCUCCUCGUGGUGGGUGGGCACGGCGGCUGCUUCUUCUGCUCGUCGCCGCGGCCUGCUCUUGCUGCUACAUCUAUUGUAUGAGCUCCUCUCCCUUUCCUACCUCACAAAUGGGGCUCGAUUUUGCUGGAACAACUGGGAGCGUGCAUGAUGCUAGCGCUCAUCAAGUAGGUUCUCUGGAGUUGCGAGCACCAACUGAGAUGAUGGGUUCACAUCAUGUGUUUGAAGAAGCUACAGAUCAAACUGUGCCCAACGGCAGUGAAAAUGCAGCCCAACUGUAUGGCCCCAUGGGUGGUUCUCGUAAAAACUUCAUGGCGAUUGCUGCGAUGGGUUUGGCAGAUUCAUGCCCAAAUGUUCCAUUCGGAGAAUUUACAUGCCAAAUUGGGGACAGAGCCGUGGAGGAUGUGCAGAAUUCCAAGGAAGAUUUUCAACUGAGUGAAUUGAUGGUUGCAACCUCUGAGAAUGCCGAGCAAUUGGGUGAAGUUGUAAGCCUGAAUGAAAAUGUCACUGCAGAUUCCAUUGGUUCAACCUACACCGCUGAUAUGGUGGAGGGAGAGUCAGGGUUAGUUCAUCAGGAGGAGGCAGGGGAGGAUCACUCGCAACACUCCCAGCAGUUGGCCUCCAUGGAGAAGACAAUAGAACAAGAAAACAACGAGGUAGGGUAUGAUGGAGAGGGCCUGGAAAAUGACAGAUUGGAUCAGGCAACCGAGCUAUUGGAGUAUGAGAAUCCAGCUGCAGCUGCAAAGGCAAUAGUAGCUAUGGUAAAAUCACUGUGGCCUUCAAUAAAACUUCACUUGAUGGAGAUCUUGGCGUGCUUUUCUGUUGCAGCAUUUGCAAUUGCAGCUGCUAUGCUCAAGUGUUUCCAGAGGUCUCCUAAGGGUGCAUCAGUGUCAACACGUAGGCUUGAACAAUCCCCUUUAGCUCCAAAUCCAAGAUUGCCAGUGCUCCCUUCACCACAAUCUGUGCUACAACCUGUGCAACUGACAGUUCCCAAAGUAGAACCGCCUGUCAAUUUGAAGAUCCCUACACUAUCACCUUUGCACAAGCCUGACCUAUUUGCCAGCUUCAGGGAACAGGUGCCAUUGCCAGAGCCCAUACCAGUGUCAUCUGUCAACCUCAAUAAUGCUGUGCAAUUUCCACUGCCCAAGCAGAUUGAUUCCGGGAAUCGUCCUCAGAAAGUUCACCAAGAUGAUGCUGGCAGUGCUAGGAUUCCAGACAGCUAUUCUGUUGGCCGUAGAGACAUUGACAGCUCGAGACCUCCAGUGGUGGCAUUGCUUGGGGAGUUCUCACUUGUGGAUGCAAGUAGCUCAAGAGGAAGCUCCCGGAAAGGAUCAAAUGAACAUGCUGGGGAUGUUGCAGUUCAGGAACCAUCAGUAACUCUGAGAAAAGAUGUGGUGAAGAUGCAGAAGGAAACUACAGCAAUUAAAAGCCCUAGUGCUCGAAAAACGAAAAAGGAGGAAAAUGCUGCAAAGGUGGAGAAGAAGGAUGUUACCACGCCAACUCCAUUGAGACGCUCAAAUCGUCUCCUUAACCGGGUGACUUCUCCUUGAGCCAGAAUGACACAUUAACACUGUCAACAGAUGCUGAUCCUUACUGUGGAGUGGAGAGAGUUUCGGGACUACAACUCCUGGCUGUUACCCAAGCAAGUUAGCUUUUCUUCUGUAGCACUUCGCAAGUUAGUUGACGUACAAGACUGCAGUAAUAACUCAUUUAGUCCUCUUCUCUCAAAGUACCCGCGGAAUCUCAUUCGCUAUAUUCAUGAUGCUUUGAUGUUCAUGUACUACUCAUUUUCUACUCCUGACGGUAAAAACCUGUAACUGAUGGAUGUAUUGGAUAUAUGGUUGUGUCCUGGUUUACCUAAUUGAGUCAAUCAAUAUGCUUCUGAAUCU